ACAUAGUUUUUGUUUACUCGAUAAAUAUUUUUUACUAAUAAACGAAUGUUCAGUUCAGAUCAAGAAAAUGGUAGUGGUGUAUUCAAAAAUAUAAUAUGGCAUAUUAAAAUUUUAAGUUUAAUGUAUGUAGAUUAAUAUAGAAAAAUUCAAAACAAAACAUCAUUUAUUAGCUACACAAAAGGUAUUGAAACAAUUAUAAAGACUAAGACCAUCUUCGCUGCUUUACUUUAUUUUUUUCUCUAAAACAGAGUAACCCUAUAGUAGAGUUGGAUGUUGCUCCAAUGGUACUCUAUUUUAGAGUGAAAAAUAAAGUGAUGAACAAAAAAUAAAAAAAAGUACUUUAUAUAUAGAGUAAAAAAUAGGUUUACACUAUUAUAUAGUAGAAAAUAUAGUAUCAUUGAAACUUUUUUACUCUAAAUUUUAUUUUAGAAGAGAAAAUAAAAUGAGGUUGGAGAUGCCCUAAAGCAUACUGAAGAUCAUAAAUUGUCAUAAAUAUUAAAAACAUGUUAGUAAAUUGUAAAUUAAAAAUGUUAUCUAAAUCAAAACAUUUUUAUGCCACACAUAUUUUUGUGAAUCAAAGAAAUUAUAUACUUUUCUUAUAGAAAAAUAUUUUUUUUAAAAGAAAAAUACCGAUAAUUAAAAAGUGUAUUUUACAAAAUUUAACUAGUUUUUGUCUAAAAGUACCUGCCCCUGAUAUGACCUUAUCAAAUGAGAUAUGAGUGAGGUAUAUGCUUAUAAAAAAUGUGAUUCCUCAUUAUAGUACCUAUUACGUCGACGUAUAACAUUUCAAAAAUCUUAUAAUUUCUUAACUUCAAUUUGACAACAGAGAUUUAUUUGAUUAUUUUGUCGGUCAAUAUAAUAUCUAUAUCUGUCUCUAUAUAUAGGUCAGUAAUAUUCAACCUAUAGUUCAGGACAUCCUCCACCUAAAUCCUCAACAGAAGAAAAAAGCUUUAAAAACUGUCUUUAGUCUAGCAAAAAUGCAUGCAUUGGGCCCUCCAUUAUUCCCAAACUGUGGAUGGGUGUCGAGAGGAGAGUAUGAGAGCUACAACCUCAUCGGAGAUAACCAUAAAAUCGGCACGUUUCUUGAUUUUCCGGUACCGAAGACGUAUGGAGUGGUUCAUCAUCAGACCAGCUUAGGGGUUUCUGUUUCGUCAGAGGGAAAUGGAAUAAAUAACAAUUCGGUCGUGAUCAAGAAGCUAAAUCACAAUGCUAAUGAGCGUAACCGUCGCAAGAAAACCAACUCUUUGUUCUCAUCUCUUCGUUCAUGUCUUCCAAGCUCAGAUGAGCCGAAGAAGCUAAGUAUUCCUCAGACGAUUUCGCGGAGCGUGCAGUACAUACCGGAGCUGCAAGAGGAAGUUAAGAAGCUGAUACAAAAGAAGGAGGACCUCUUGUUGCGAGAAUCGGGUCAAAGAGAACGUUACGCUAAGCCAGAACCAAAAGUGGCUGCUAGUUAUUUCUCCACCGUUUUUGCGACUAAGCUUAGAGAUAACGAAGUAAUGAUCCAAAUCUCAUCGUCCAACAUUCGUAAUUUUUCGAUAUAUAAUGUUUUGAGUGGACUAGAAAAAGAUGGGUUUGUUCUCGUUGAUGUUUCAUCUUCGAGUUCUCGAAGAGAACAACUCUUCUGCACCUUGCAUCUCCAAGUGGACAAGAUUGAUAAUUACAAGCUAAUUUGUGAAGAGCUAAGUCAAAGGAUCUUGUACUUGUAUGAGGAAUGUUGAAACUAGUUUAAAUAAGAGAGAUUUGUUCUUAUUUCGUUUGAACUGUGUCGUCCAUUCUAUAGAUAAUAUGUCAUUCUUGACUAAAGCCUUGUCUACUUCUAGUCGAGUUGCUUUCUGUUUUUUUUUUCGGAGCCAGUGAUCGAUACUAAUAGACUGGCCACUACUUCGGUAUUACAGCUAUGAAAUCCAGUUUUUCAUAUACACUUGGAUUUAAUUGAUGUAAAUACUCUUCUGGUGCAAACUUCCUAAUCUUUUUUUUUUGGAAACACUAAAUUCCUAAUCUAUUA